GUUUAUGCGUUUGCGUGCCGACAGUGGCACUUCUUUCAAGUUUAUUUGCUUUUCCAUGUAGCUAUCGGAUGUUCCCUGUCACUUUAAUAUUUCUCGAAAUAGGUUGUUAUAACCCUAAUUGGUCUACAGUUGUUUGUCGAAAUUGAUUUUAAAGAAUUAGCCUUAACCGUAUUUCAGGCUUAGUUAUGAGCCUGGUGAGCGGCGGAACCUGUUGGAAUGUUCAGAGGUUAUGUUCAGGGGGGUGUUGGAAAGGACGUUUUCCGUCCGUUUUUUCCUGAUGAGAUCUUCGUAAAAUACUGUUUUAACCUUACUUUGAGUAUCUAAAUUAACUGAAUCAUUGGCGAAUGUUGGCAUUCCUGUUAAUGUGCUCUAAGGAGCCUCUAAAGGACGAUCUGAUAGUGGAAACAAUUGGAAAAUGGAUCACAUACCUUCCCUCCGUCCUGCAUCAGGCCUUCUGGACAUGCUCGCAGAAGUAGCCUCUCAAACCUUGCAUAGUGAUCCCACUGUAAAGACUUCUCCAGUCAAGAAAAAAUCCACUGAAAGAGCUGUCCGAGAGCCAAGAGAGAAACCUGAACCCAAAGAGUCAGCUCGCAGGAAAUCUUCUAAGAGAGCUGAGGUGGACACAUUGACCGCUGCUAAGCUGCGUUCAUUGUCACUUUCCCAACAGCUCAGGCUUUGCUCUAGACUUGAUGGAGAUGAAAUGCGCCGUACUUUUACCUACACCUGCCUUUUGGAACCAGAGUUAUGUGGCCAAACAUUCUCUAGUUUUGGUAGUGAAGGCCGUGCUAGACAGAUGAUGCGCACUCACCUCUUAGAGCACCUAAAGAAUCAUGGGCCAGAUGAACCCAUUCGUGUGAGCCGCAGGCGGCGUGCCCCAAAAGUUCAACCCUCAAAAAAGAAAGUCAAUCCUAAAGUUAAAGUAGAACCCGUGAAAGCAUCACGCUUGCGUUAUUCAGAGCUCUAUGAUGAAAUAACGAAUAUACCUGUCAACAACAAGGAGAACAAAGUUGAUGGUGCAGGGGACUGGAAGUCUCCUAAUGACCGUUCUCAACCAAAACUUCAAAGUUUGAAUUUGCUUAAAAUUGUUGAUAUUCCCACACCUGUGCCUGCUCAGACUUCUCCCAUUCAGACUAUUAUACCUUCUCAGCAAAGUUCUGUCGAUUCAGAUGAAGACACUGUGUCCUGUUGCAGCACUGGCAGUCGAUAUGGCGACUUGCCUCCACCUGGCAGUCCAUCACGUGAACAUGUUGCUGUAAAUAGCGAGUCAAAAGAUCAAGAUUCUGAAGGUGAGAAGAGUAUCUAUACUGAGCACAGCUACACUUCACGAGGAACUGAGAAUUCCAAUGGAAGCAUCAUCAACAGUGUUUACAGCAGUGAGGUAUCACGUAUUUUCAUCAAGCCAGAACCUGGUUUGGAUCCAGUCUUGGAUUCACCAGAAGUAUUUGUGGAAACCAUAAGUAACAAGCGGGUCCCAUCGGUUGGACGUGAGAUUGACGUGAGGACUGAACCACCAGCUAAAACCAUCAAGUCAGAAGAUCUGCCUGUUCUUUGUGACAACCGCCGUGAGCCGUCAAAUCAUGAGUUAAAUGGAAGAGAGACUCGAGAGUUGACCUGGGAAACAACAGCUGUAGAACGUGAUGAAUUUCAUCAGCACAAGAAGCCUAAAGGGAAAGCGAAGUUCAUCGGGCAGUCAAAAGCUGAGAAAGAAAUGGCAAUCCGUCUUAUCAAUGCUAUCAAAACCAAAGGUAGUCCUGCAGGGUUGCAAUCUCUUGACACCCUUGAGUGUCGCAUUUGCCGCCCACCUCGUUGUUUCACUGCUCCUACCACUCUGAUGAGUCACUAUCGUAGUCAUGCUGGUAUCAAGCCUUAUGAGUGCCGCAUUUGCCGAGCUGCCUUUACUCGUCAGCAUUCUCUUAACUAUCACAUGCUUAUUCACUCAAACCAGACUCGGUUUACUUGCCAUGACUGUGGGCGCAAAUUUAGACACCCUUCCCACUUCAAGGAACACAGGCGCAGACACACAGGGGAGUCACCGUUUGAGUGCUCUGAUUGCUUGCUUAGAUUUAAAACCAGGAACACUUACAAGCGCCACUUGAAAACUAGGCAUGGAAAAGUUCUAACAACAUCUGGAGGGCUUAUUAUUCUUUCUGAGGAGGAAUUUAAACGUGUUCGCACCAUGCCUCGCUCUCCUCUCUCACAUCAGCAAUCUCGCAAUGGUUCUGUAAAUGGAAAAGUAGCAGCUGAUGCUGAUUCUGAUGAAGAAGAGGAAGAAGAAGAUGGUUACUCAUCCAGUGGCGCCGAAGAUAUUUCUGACAAGCUAGAAUCUGGAGUCCGAGUUAUGAAACCCGAAAUUGUUGAAGAGGUUGAAUUGACUUUUGAGAACUGUGUUCAAGAAGAUUUAACUGGAUCUGUUGUCACAGAGAUAACAAAUGACAGUGCUCUCAACUUUAAUGAUAUUGUUAGAGAGGCUAUCCGGCAAAGUGAUAUCUCCUUCGCUGAUGGUGAAAGGAAAGCCAACUCUGACGAUGGAGAAACUGUUGCUGAAACAGAGUGGAGUGCGGGAGAACAGUCUCCAGGUGAUGAAUCAAAUGAUGGCACAUUUGCUACUGCUACUGCUGUUGUACAAAUUGCCAAAAAUUCCACCAAAUUUCAAGUUCUACCAACAUCUGCAGGCGUAAAGAGAUCAGGCUCAUCUGAAAGUGUAAAAGAUUCUUCCUCAAAAUCAAAGAAGAAAGUUCAAAACUCUGCAAAUGGUAACACAGAUAAUUUGGCUACCAUAUUGUCUGGUCAGAAAAGUAAUGCAGCUAUUCCUCAAUCACUUGCUCUGCUGCAGUCUCGAUACUUAGUUGGUAACAAACCGGGCCUUAGUGUUAUUGGAUCCGAUUCACAGCAAGCAACUGUUUUACUCUUGGCUAAUCAAAAUUUAAUGCCACGUCAAUCUAAAAAUGAUACUAUAAGUCUUAUGCUUGCGUAAGAAAGUUUUUUUUCCAAGAAACUUACCCCUCCAGCCAGUAAAAUUACUAAAUGUGUCUUGACUGGAUUAUGUGAUGUCUUGUUGGCUAGUUUACUAGGAUUUAAAGAUCCACUGUGGUGGAUUUGUGAUGCUUAACUGGAACAGAGUUAAGCAACUCUAAGACUGUUCAGUCACCUGAAGACUGCCUUUUCAUGCCUCUUUGGGCUUAAGAAACUGCCAGCUAACAUUGGUUUGCUGGGACCAAUGGAAUUCUUAAAGCAUCCAUUUUGAGGAUUUAUUUCUCUUAUCAAGGGUUUAUUGCACCCAUCUAAUAAUUUCAUUGUAUAAAUUAUGGAAGUGUUUAGUUUGCUUAUUAGAUGGAAGUACUUGCUUCGAGUAUGUUUUUUUUUUUUUCUGUACUUUAACAUAUUUUGCAUGGAAACUUGUAGGAAGUCAGUCUGAGUACCCCAACCUUCCGAUUAAUAACUUAUGUCAGUGCAUUUGAACAAGAACUAUGGACAGAUUUGUAUCUUGUCACUAGAAGUUUAAUCACAUUUGUACGAAGCUUUGUGCCUGGGUAACAUCGUAACUGUUGUGAAGCUGCAUUUGUUGGAAAUUGUAGUUGAAGUACCAUAGGCCAUUGGUUAUGGUAUUCUAGGGUGUUUGUUAUAACAAUGGUUUGUUACUGUAUUUCCUUACAUAUCUUUCAGUUUUUUCAUUUUGUUUGGUGAUAACCUUAUGAGAGAUUAUGUUGUAGUGGCACUAGUGACCUAGUUGGCAAGAUGUGUGCAUGCACUGGACUAGCUAUGUUUUCAAAUUGGUCAAUUACUUUUCAUUGUUUUGCUUGAAACUACAUGAAAACUUAUGUGAUUGAAAGGACUUGGUAAAGGAUUUGAUGUUGAUUGAUAUUUUUAUUAGUGCAGUUUUGUUUUUGUCUAUGAAGAAAUAAGGAAAAAACUAUUUUGUAUACAAUGUUGAAACAUAAGGUUAGUUAGGGGUAAUUUAACACAUUUCCCAUAGAAGAGGACUCAAAUCUACCUAUGCUCACAAUUAGAUUUUCAUAACAAUCUUGUUUUGUUUUGCUAUGUACCUAAGUGUAUCUAACAGAUCAAUCAUUCAUUGUUCAUUUCCAAUUAAAUUUUGGACCAUAUAACUAACAUUCAGUCUGUCACAAGUUGUCUUUUUUCUUGACGGUGGGUUGAAAUUUAAAUUUGUCUGUUUAUAUGCCCACUUACAGAAAACUGCCGAAAAUAUUCUAUGAAAUGUGAGCAUUUUCUGGUUUUGUAAUUGAGUGCAAAUCUCCUUGUGAUAAAGGUGCCUUUGUAAUUUCAAUCUUUUUACUGAUUUGCUCCCACAGAAAAUAUGUUUGUGGCAUGUUAACUCUCAAUCUGCAAUUUGUUCCUCAAAAGCAAUAAUAUUUUAAACAAUUCUAUUAUUUAUAGAGAUGGUUGGCAUUAUUUCCAAGCAAACAGAUACAGGCUCAAGUGAAUGAGUCACUGGUAACGUAUCAUUGACAGUGGAGUAUGGCUCUUUACAUGCACCAUUUUAUCUCAGUUUCAUGUAAAAAAUUACCCUUUCGCGGCAGUAUAUCUGAGGAAACUUUUGUUUUCUUUGGAGCCUUGGUGUAAAAUUUUCUGAACAGAUGUCUGAAAAGAAAAGAUUUUUCUGUGAUUGUUCAUUAGUGUGCAUAGAUGAGGGUAACACUGGUUAAUCUAUUACAAUUACUUCAUUUAACUUCAAACCAAGUUAUUCUUUACAUUAUGCAUAGCUUCUUCUGCCACAUUAUGGACAGAUUAACUUCCAAUUAAUGAUUCAAUUUAGUUUCUGCAUGUAUGUAGAUUCUUCUACUCUUCUAAGCUUGCAUGGGACUUCAAUUUCGCUUUAGAUUGAAUUUGAAAGAACAUCUUACACUCUAGAAGUAAGGUUGUGUCUAUCAAUUUCAUCUCAACCGAAAUUGCUCAUUGCAAUUUACACUUGCGAGAGAUGCAAGACUGAUCCGAUCGGUUUAGACUAGUUGCGCCCAUUUGACACAUCAAAUUAAUGGGCUUGUAGUAAGGGUUAUUCCUCACUGUAACAGUACCUUAUUUUUUAAAUUUGUCAGCGCUGCAACUUCUUAUUGUAGUCUUUACCAUUUAAUGUAUGUAAAUCUAUUGUGAGGCUUAUAUUGACAAUUGUAAUAUUUUGCUGGAAUGUUUGCACUCUUAUUUUUUUAUGGCUUUGGGAGUGUUUGUUUCACCUCUCCAGCAGCACUGUGUGCUCAAGCUAAAGUUGUUUUUGGAAAGGGUCUUGGGCUAACUUUUGCAUUGGAAUUUAACAUAAGACAAACUAAUUCAAAUAUAGUUCUUUGUAAACUGUACCUGACCUGGGAAAAGAAAAUAUUUUGGAUGGCUAAAUGGAACUUCAAAUCUCUUCUAGACCUAUGUCUUAGCUAAGGUGAUACUAAAUUUUGCUCAUCUCUGUUUUAAAUAUUGUUUCUUAAAAUAGUAUUUAAAAAGAGCAUGUCCUUAUAUUUCUCGACUUUACAUAUAUAAAAAUCUAAUGUUCUAUAUCUAGCUUAAUUCCAACACACACAGUAUUUAAGAUACUAACUUUAUCUUAAUGGGCACUAGUACAUUUUAUAUUUUGAUUUCUAAACUUCUGAAAGGUUGGAAACAAAUUUCUGUGAUCAAGUAAAUUUAUAAGGUUCAAUAUUAAGGCUUAGGAACAACUGAUGAAAAGCUACAUAAUGAAUUAAAACAUAAGAUUGAUCUGUGUGAUUUUGGUGUCCCCAUGACUUUUGAUUAACGCUCUAAAUGUGCUUUCUUGCACUUUAACAUUUUGGUUUGAAGUUUCAGAUUCACUCUUUAGUAGCUUGAGAAAGUGUGUGUAAUAGAGCUCCUCUGUUUUAAUGUAAUUUCCUUUUCCUCCCCAAAAAACACAGAAACACGGAAAUGUUUGUAGCCUGCGCCUGACUCAAACUUUGUCUUCUUUGUAUAAUACCAAUCAAAAUUUCGCCACCUUAAACAUUCAGCUAAACUACUAUUUUAAGUAAUACUCUUGUAAAUGUCGAGGUGCUA